AUGGUGUCCAGCGCCGGCGGAGAAGGGCGGAGUGUGCCAAGAGAAUGGGAGGAGAAAGAGGCGAAGGCGGCCACAGCAGGUGAGGAGGAAGAGGCGAAGGCAGCCACAGCAGGUGAGGAGGAAGAGGCGAAGGCAGCCACAGCAGGUGAGGAGAAAGAGGCGAAGGCAGCCACAGCAGGUGAGGAGGAAGAGGCGAAGGCAGCCACAGCAGGUGAGGAGAAAGAGGCGAAGGCAGCCACAGCAGGUGAGGAGGAAGAGGCGAAGGCGGCCACAGCAGGUGAGGAGAAAGAGGCGAAGGCAGCCACAGCAGGUGAGGAGGAAGAGGCGAAGGCAGCCACAGCAGGUGAGGAGAAAGAGGCGAAGCAGAGCAGGCAGGCGAAGGCGGCCACAGCAGGUGAGGAGGAAGAGGCGAAGGCAGCCACACAGGUGCAGGAGAAAGAGGCGAAGGCAGCCACAGCAGGUGGGAGGAAGAGGCGAAGGCAGCCACAGCAGGUGAGGAGGAAGAGGCGAAGGCAGCCACAGCAGGUGAGGAGAAAGAGGCGAACGGCAGCCACAGCAGGUGAGGAGCAAGAGGCGAAGGCAGCCACAGCAGGUGAGGAGGAAGAGGCAGGUCAUGGGCGAGAGGCAGCAGAGAAGGCGUUCGGAGCAGGUGAGCAGCAGUGGAGCAGAUGA